AUGGCCAAGGGUGAGGCCGUCUUCUACGACUUCGUCGCACAACAACUCGAACCUGCGUUGGGACGCGCACUGCCGCAGAUGGAGGUGCGCUGCAAAGACCUCUCGCUCGUCGUGGAGGUGCCCGUUGUUCGCCAAGAAUCAAGCACCACUGCGUCCGAGCUGCUUAAUUGGCGCACAUCAUCAUAUACGCUGACGCGUAUCAUGAUCUCGCUCAUUCUGGGCGUGUUUGGUGUUGUGCUGCUGAGGCGAGAGUACGCUUCAUACCAGGGUCUCAAUGCCGUUGUCGGAGUCGUGUUCAUGACGACGCAGUACAAUGGCGUUGUCGCGUUCGUCGCGCGCACCGGAAUGGGCUUCACAACCUUCACGACGUGGGUGCUGUACUGGAUCAACCUCUCGCUCUUCAUUCUGGUGCAAACAUACCUCGGCCAGUUCUGCAUUUACGCGCUACCAAGCGUGGAAGUGGCCGCCAUCGUGGGUGUGCUCAUUAGCUCCGUAUCCAUGCUGUUCACCAGCUUUAACCCUCCCGCUGGAUCCAUCCCUGAAGGCUACAAGUGGCUCUACUACAUCACGCCCCAACGGUAUUCGCUCUCCAUCCUCGUGUCGCUCCUGUUCGGCCACUGCUCUCACGACCCCACGUACGAUGAAGAGACCCAGGCGUAUAUCAACGUUGGUUCUGAGCUUGGUUGCCAACCAGUGGAAAACGUGCCCCUGUCUGUUGGCCACACAACGGUGAAAGGAUACAUGGAGCAAGUCUACAACAUCAGGUAUGCAGACAUCUGGAGCCACUUCGGAUGCGUCUUCAUCUUCAUCCUUGUCUUCCGAGUCCUCUCCCUGCUGGCACUCCGGUACAUCAACCACCAGAAGAGGUAA